CAUGUAAAUAUUACUCCUAAAUAUCUAUCCGUUUCCACUUCUUCUCCCUCUAUCUGUAUAAAUCCUCUUAGACUAGGCAACCUCAUGAACGAACGAUGACGCACAUAGCUUGUGCGGCUGCCGAGGGCCAGUCAUCAUUUCGUCUCGAUAGAGUUCGCAUCACACGCUCCGUGUAAACCACAAAACCAGUAAAAGGACAAUUUAAGCAAAGACUUUAACUCCAAACCUGCUAAACUUAUAUUGGUGGCAGCGAUUACAAAGCGAUUACAAAGGAUUUCUCAUAAAAUAAUCCUGGCCUACACAAAGCGCCUCAAAUUACGUGGUGACUCCUUAGUGGCAACGACUCAGUGAACCAGUGUGAACUCAAGCACAACCUCUCUACAAUUACGGGAUUACUACACUCCCUAUGAGACGACUACAAGCCCCAUAGCUAGUACUUGCACCUACGUCAUGUCACCACCUACAUUGUAUCACCAAAACAACAAUCUGUGCCACCACUCAGCAAACGUCCGUAACCAGUCUACCCAAAAAUCCCACCUCAAUUAACGGGAUUAACCCCUGCCGAACUCCCCCAACCCUGUAUCUUCACAGUCACAAGAGGAGGAAGAGGAAGCCAUAUUCGUAGUGACAAGGUAGUAGCCGCGGCCAGGCAGCUCAAUUCAAGUGCGUCAGCAGUCUGCGUCAGCGUGCCGUCAAUCAAAACAUCGGCAACACCCGCCCCCGGCUAGAGGAACACGCCGCACAAUUUUGUUGCGAUGCUACUCCCUUGCCUAUGUGUCUUGGGAGGUGUUCUCCUGGUCCUCCCCACAAAUGCCACGAAGCAGCCCUCAUAUGAACAACACCUACGUGUGGGGGCAAUCGUGGAGCCAGACGGCCCCGUGAUGGUGGUGGAGGACGUGGUCGAUGUCCGCAUUACCCUAUGCGAUUUUCAAAAGCUGGAGCGACUCCAUAUACCCCAGUUCCGGCGCCAGAUCCGGCAAGCGGAAGCGGUUCUCCAGCAGACAUCGGACACAGUUCAUAAACUAAACCAUCCACUCACGCUGACAUAUUUCUCUACUCAUGCUAUCUUUCCUAAAUAUCCAACAAUCAUUUGAUAGUCUGCUAGAAUGGACCCCUUUUUCAACUUACCUUAAAACACCAGUAGCCCACGCCAGGUCCAAGCGUGGUCUCAUCGACAUUGGUGGGAGAUUGUUAAAAGGCCUCAUUGGUACAGCUACAGAAGCCGAUGUUGCUGAAGUUCACGAUCAGUUAGACAAAUGGGGUACUAUUUUGAAUAACCAGGCCAUUGUUCUCAGUUCCCAAAACAAAGCUAUUGAGACGGUUGUUAGGACUCAAAAAGUUAUCAUAGACCGCCUCAACAACUUCACAUCCCUCAUAACCCAGCUUCAGCAGGUCCAACACCAGUACUUAUUGGCUCACCAUUUGGCUUUAAUGGCAGCAAACCUCAGAGCUGUCUACCUUGCAAUCACAAAUUUUAAAUUAGCACUGCAGGACACAUUUACACUGCUCAGAGACGUGUUAGAUGGUGUUGUAACCCCUUCCCUUCUCACCCCUACCGAACUUAUGCAUGUCAUUGAUUGGGCCAGAACAGAAAAAGGCUUAACUCCUGUUUUCAGUGAGACCCAGGUUCAAUAUUAUUAUCCCUACAUGGAGGCAACAUUGACUACAGAUGGUAUCUUAGUGCAUAUACCCUUUAGGUCGCCAGAUAUGUUCACUAUCUAUCACAUUCAUCCAUUCCCUACAGUUGUCAAUUCUUCCAUCUACCAACUAUCUACAUCUCAUACCACUCUCUUGGUUUCAUCAGAUUUCAUGCACAUUGCUUUUCCAGCUGACUUUCAUGAUUGCCAUAUCACCCGAUUCCAGAUGUACCUUUGCCCUGCUUAUCAGUACGUCUUUUUGCCUACCAGCAAUUAUCCUUGUGAGAUGGGUCUAGUUAGAAACUCCCCAAUUGAAUCUCUGUGUGUUUUCACCCCAGUCGAGGAUACCACCAUCUUCCACCUUAGAGUGAAACCCUGGCGGUACUUCUAUUUCCAUCAUUCCAAUGCUCUUACAGUCACUUGCCCUGGAUCCCGACCUAGCAACACCGCUGUCCACGGCUCCUUUGUCAUCUUGGAGGCCUGCAGUCUCACAUCCCACAACCUGACAACUAAACAAUCUAACCAUCUAUUGCUCAACCAAACCUUUCAUACCUACAACCUCAAACCCUUCAACUUGCCGGCACCAACAACUCCCCUACAACUCAAACCCUUACACCCACUAGGAGACACCUUACCCAAACUCAUUGCACCAAACAUCACCCUACAACCCAUCUCAUCUCUCACCAUAUGGCCAGACCUUCGCCUCGACACUGUAUACCCCAUCCUCGCGUCACUGACUACAGUACUCACGCUCACUGUGAUCCUAGCUACCAUACUCAUUUGUGUCUUCCACCGCCGCUACGCCUUCCUGCGUCGAGCCAUCCUCCAGCGCACCUUACAGCCAGCAACGGCAUAGACCAUGUUCCCAUUGUCCUAUAAUAUCUUUUUCUCCUUGAGCCUUCCCUUCAUA